AUGAAUGAUGAUGAUGAUGAUGAUGAUGAUGAUGAUGAUGAUGAUGAUGAUGAUGAUGAUGAUGAUGAUGAUGAUGAUGAUGAUGAUGAUGAUGAUGAUGAUGAUGAUGAUGAUGAUGAUGAUGAUGAUGAUGAUGAUGAUGAUGAUGAUGAUGAUGAUGAUGAUGAUGAUGAUGAUGAUGAUGAUGAUGAUGAUGAUGAUGAUGAUGAUGAUGAUGAUGAUGAUGAUGAUGAUGAUGAUGAUGAUGAUGAUGAUGAUGAUGAUGAUGAUGAUGAUGAUGAUGAUGAUGAUGAUGAUGAUGAUGAUGAUGAUGAUGAUGAUGAUGAUGAUGAUGAUGAUGAUGAUGAUGAUGAUGAUGAUGAUGAUGAUGAUGAUGAUGAUGAUGAUGAUGAUGAUGAUGAUGAUGAUGAUGAUGAUGAUGAUGAUGAUGAUGAUGAUGAUGAUGAUGAUGAUGAUGAUGAUGAUGAUGAUGAUGAUGAUGAUGAUGAUGAUGAUGAUGAUGAUGAUGAUGAUGAUGAUGAUGAUGAUGAUGAUGAUGAUGAUGAUGAUGAUGAUGAUGAUGAUGAUGAUGAUGAUGAUGAUGAUGAUGAUGAUGAUGAUGAUGAUGAUGAUGAUGAUGAUGAUGAUGAUGAUGAUGAUGAUGAUGAUGAUGAUGAUGAUGAUGAUGAUGAUGAUGAUGAUGAUGAUGAUGAUGAUGAUGAUGAUGAUGAUGAUGAUGAUGAUGAUGAUGAUGAUGAUGAUGAUGAUGAUGAUGAUGAUGAUGAUGAUGAUGAAUCAUCAUCAUCAUCAUCAUCAUCAUCAUCAUCAUCUUCAUCAUCAUAA